GGGAGAGGCUGCAGCCCAGCCACCUGCUGAGAGCCCCUUCUAGGGCCAAGCCUGACCCCAGACCCCCAGGAAGCAUUCAGGGCUUGACCCAGGCUUUGAGCCAGCUGUGGGGUGCUCCAGCCUCGGAUGACGCCAGCCGGGAGAAGUGGCUGCAGUCCCGCAGCACCCAGCUCCCCAUCACCCCGUCUCUCGCCGCGUUAUCCCGUUUUUCCCAGAGCACUCGUGUUACUGAACACGCUCCGCUUCUCUUUGACCUGAAACUGGAUCCAUGCCCGAGCCCCAGCAGUGACCUGCUGGCAGGAGCACGCUUUCAGCCCGUUUGUUAAUAAGACGCGUGCUAUUUCUGCUUUUGGAGCCGUGCCUGGAGAUGGUGGUGCGGACGCAAAUCCCGAGUGAUAGCGGGUGGGCUGCUGAGAGCUGCCGGGAAGAUUUGUCCAUCACGUUGCCAUCCCCUUCAGCACAUUCACAUGCCUUCAGCGUCUUCAGCAGCUCAUGUGCGAUAGCACCAGUUGAUGUGUGGAUGCCACUGCCAGCACCGGUGAGCGUUGUGUGGCUGCGGCCCACCUGCUCCUCCCCGUCUCCUCUCCCAGCGCAGUGUCCAAAGGCACAGGCUUCCCAGCACAGUGUCCCCGGGGACACAUCCAGAGCUGGGCUGAGAAAGAGGCGGAAUUAAAAAUAAAUGUGUGCUCCUCCUCUGCUGGUGUUUGCACUGUCAGCUCCGACCCUCUGCUCCGGCUCUCUCUGAGGCCCCGACGGACAUUUUCCCUUGGAUCUUCAGACCCUCUGCCUACCUGCUCUCCCCUCGUGCCUCAGGGCCCUCCUCUGCUUCGCCUGCAAGACAAAGGAGAAGGGGAAAAGCCCAGGGAAAUUGGCAGCACAGGUGACCUGCAAGCCUCAGCCCCGACACCAUGUUCUACAUGCAUUUGCUCGUGAACAAACGUGGGCCGUUGGCCAAAAUAUGGCUUGCCGCCCACUGGGAGAAGAAGCUCACCAAAGCUCAUAUAUUUGAGUGUAAUUUAGAGACUACCGUUGAAAAUAUAAUCUCACCAAAGUUUACAAUAGCUCUGCGCACCUCCGGACACUUACUCUUAGGAGUGGUGCGGAUUUACCACAGGAAAGCAAAAUACCUCUUGGCAGACUGUAGUGAAGCUUUGACAAAAAUGAAGACAGCUUUUCGCCCAGGACUUGUUGACCUUCCAGAAGAGAGCUGUGAAGCUGCUUAUCAGUCUAUUACAUUACCUGAAGAAUUUCAUGAUUUUGAUACUUCACUACCUGAUUUAAAUACUAUUGAUGUUGCAGAACAUUUUACUUUGAAUCGGAGCAGAGCUGAAGACAUCACACUUAUGGAGGAUUACGACAGCAACAUAAUUCUCUAUGAUAGAAGCUUUGAUGAGGAACCAGAAACACUAAGAAAGCAGAGCUGCUUUGAUGGCAGCUUCUUAAUGAGCAGCAGCAAUCUCAUGGCUGAUCAUACCUCUGCAAGCGUAAACGGAGACAAGUCUGCACUGCAUGAAGAUGCUUACUGCUUUGAGCAGGAUUGUUUUGGAGAUGAGGAGGCUGGUGCAGAUAUGAUUGAAAUCCUGCUGAGGGAUGAGCAAAAUGGCCUAUUUAAUGACAUUCUUGGUAUGGAGGAAGAACUUCCUUCGUCACAAGAUCUUCUAGAGAACACCACAGCCAUUGAAUCCAACUGCGAAGACACUGCGACUAAGACAGAAAGCCACCUAAUGAACGAAACAAUACUUUUGUCUAGAGAAGACGAAGGAUUUGUGCUUGAGCCAGUUGAUGAUACAGAUUUCAACCAGAGGAAAAAAAAUAAAAGAAAGAGGAAGUUGCUUGUGGACGAAGACAAGGAGCUCAGCUGCAGUGCUAUAUACAACCAACUUAACAACUGCAUAGACAUCCUUGUUACGUUAGACCUCGCACCCCCAACAAAAAAAACAAUGGCAUGGAAAGAAUCAGGAGGAGUGGAUACGCUCCUGUCCAAGCCUACACAGCCUGUGGUUCAUGCUGAGCAACAAAUGUUGUUUGCAAAAUGCUUUGAGAGUCACAGAUUUAAGAUGGCAAGAAAUGCAAUGCAGGUGGAGUCUGAAAUGGAAGAAACAAGAAAAGAACAAGAUACCUCAGAGAUGCUGAUAAUAGAAGAACCAAGUUACCUGCGGGAGUCAGCUCAUUCAGAGCCCAAGAGAAAAAUGAGAAAUGAUUCAUUUGUAAUGACAUCACGGAGUAACAGAAAUGAAACUGAUAAUAACUUUGGCGAAACUCCACAGGAUGCAACUGCUUUCUCUGAGAGCUCCUCAUUUGUGAAUAAUUCACUGGGCCAGGAAGCUCCGGCACAGCAAGCUGAGUUAAAUAAGCUAGCAAUGAAAGCCAAAGACAAUGAAGAAAUAAAGCAGAGCAAGAGAACUCUUCAGUUAUUAAAAACUUUACAGCACCUGAACGAAUCAGGAGCGAAUUCCUUCAGCUUACGGGAGCUCUGUCGGAAAAAUAACCGGAAAGAAGUUGCGGCCAAGUUUUACAUCUUCCUGGUUCUGAAGAAGCAGCUUGUUGUUGAGCUCGCUCAGAGCGCUCCGUUUGCAGACAUCACAGCCACUGUCGGCCGAAUGUUCAAUGCUUACUGAGAUCACACAGUGUUCAGAGAAGCUAGUCAAAAUGUUUCUGACUUUUCAGAAAAUGUUUUUCUUGAAAAAAUGAAAGUCCUGUCAGACCAUGGUGACCUAAGCAGAGCUCCCCUUCGUUUAUGUGACCUCUCAGGACUGCAAAGUAACUAGCUUGGGCGUGCUGCUGCAGCACUGGGUACCGAGGUGGUCCCUCGUACCUUUAGUCUCACAUAUAUGUUUAUAAAACAAGCAGUUACUUACUCUGUUGAUAUUAGAUAGCAAAAACACAUAUUCCACAUAAGACAUUUACAAAGGCUUCGUGAAAGUUCUUAAAAGCCUUUCUUAGAGUCCGGCUUUGGAAAUUAAAUUAUUUUUUUUGCAGGGCUCAUGUCUGUUAAUUAUCUUACUCCAUCAACAAGAGAGAAGAAAGCUGUCAAACUCUAUUUAUCCAAAUCUUUACUCUAUUUAAAAUUAUUUAUUUCAAAGAAAUAUUUUCUUUCAAAGAAUGUUCAGGUUUUGAUAUUUUAAGGUCUAGCAAGCUACUGCCUCCAGCAUUAUCUUCAUGUCUUGCGAUAGACAAUUGUGUUAUCCUUGAAGUCAUGUAGGCCUCAGGAAGAAAUCCGACUUCCUAGAAAUCCUGCAGUUUUGGAUUUUGUGGAGCGUAUUCACCUAAAGACUAACAGUUUUAUUUAUGUGUAGAUAGACCUAUUUUUUUAAAAAAAAUGUUGAAUUGAAAUAUUAUUAAUCCUUGGCAUUUUAAUCUAAUGUAUGGAAAGUUUUAACACUUUUGCUGUCAUUUUGUAAAGACAAUGCUUUUCAUGUGGUGCAGGCAGCUUAGCCGAGCCUGCUCAGCAUGGGAUGGUUUGUACGUUCGGUGCUCCAAAGUGUCACGGUGCUUUGGGUAUGUUGACAUCUCUUUAUAUGAAAUCAAUAAAAAUCAAACAAAGAUGUUUCCUUAGCUCACUGCUGUUUGUGCUGAAGGAUCAAAACGGGCAGCCGCCUAGCUGUUUUUGGGUUCACCUUCUGAGCGUUUGCUGUGAUUUUCUUAAUAUUUAAACGGACGGAUGCUAUUGUCUUCCUGGCUUUCCAGAUGUGCGUUUCGGUUACACCCCGGUGUGUCCACUCAUGCUAACAUGUGGUGUUCCCGGCCGUGCUCUGAUUUGUUUGUAUAUGUGGGGUUUAGGGAGUAUGAGGAAGAGCAGCCCUCACUGAUUUCAAACUCUCUAUUUAGAGGAAU